AUGGCCAGUAAUACGGAUGCCUGUGUCCCAGCGGCAUUGACGGAUUUCGUCUUUGAUUUGUAUGAUUCCGUUACACUUUCCCAAUUGACAGAGGAACAAUCAAGGCUGUACAAUUCUGAAUUUAGUGACUUGAGCAAAAAGUACUUCUCCAACGCCCCCUGGCCAUCUCCCCAGGCCAUUGCCUCAGAGUGUAAUGGAGAUCCUUUAUUCUUGGCGUUUUAUCGCGAAUUGACGCACCGUCACUGGCAUGCGGUGUCUCGUCCCACCCUCCGAGAUCGCAUGGAAGGAUGGGAUGUCUACCGAGAACUCUUUGAUGAGCUUCUCAUGGUGGCAGAAGAUGACGCUUCUUCGACCAGUCAACCCAAGUUGUUUAUUCUUCCACAAUGGGCUUUUGAUAUUCUCCAUGAAUUCGUCUACCAAUUCCAAGGGUUCUGCCAAUUCCGAACUACUCUGUACGCCUCGGCUCACAAGCACAAUUUGUUUUCGGGAGAACCCAGCCCCAAGGCCCCCCAUCACGUCGUCGAGAACUUGGCAUUGAUGCGACAAGAAGAUGCGGCUGAUGUAUGGAGUGUCGAGACAGUCAUGUACUACUUGCAACGAUUGGUUGCCAUUGGUACCAAGUCUUCGGUUCCUGUCUACCAAUACUUUGGAAUCUUCGCGUCCGUGACCAUGUCCCGAUUGGAAUGCUUGUUGGCCGACUACACUUCCUCCCUUCAAUCCUUGGCUCCCAUUCUGGAAGCUACUGCCGUCGUUACCAAGGCAGAUCAACCUGUCAUGACCUUCUCUGAGAUUGUCAGCUCGGUCUUUAAUGCUCGUCUGAGUCUCACAUACCACGCUGGUAUCAGUUUCCUCAUGUUGCGACGAUACAAGGAUGCCGCCAACAUGGUCGGAUCUUUGUGUUCGUUCAUGCAAAGAGGAUUCAAGACGGGCCAGUUGCGAAAACAACGCAACUCGGAUCAAUUGUACAAGAAUUAUGAUCGUAUGGUUGCACUCUUGGCAAUCGUCACACAACUCUGCCCCCAACAAAACUUGGUCGAAGAAGGUAUUGCCAAGGUUAUCCGCGAAAAGCAUGGAACAGCCCUCGCCAAGGAUAACUACACGGAACUCUUCACUUUCUGCUCUCCCAAGUUUGUAUCACCGGUCAUUCCUGAUUUCAACAAGACUGGACCCACCGAGAACGUUUACAAGCUUCAAGUGAACCUAUUCGAAACCGAAGUUGCUUCGCAAUCGACUUACCGUGAAUUGAGAAGUUAUUUGAAUUUGUAUACAUCAAUCGGUGUUUCCAAAUUGACCUCCUUUGGCAAUGAUGAAAAGUCCUUGCUUGCUCUAAAACUAAAGAUGAGACAAUUGGAAUCCAACAAUGCUGACGCACCCUCCCUGAAGGAUGCCUCGUUGAAGUCGGCCUUGGACAUUCACUUCUACUUGGAAAAUGAUGAGGUUGUUCACAUUGACGAAGCAGAAAAGCAACGUCGAUUCGAAAACUACUUUAUGAGCCAAUCUGCUCAAUCCUUCGACAUUCGAAAAGAUGCUUGUGCCGUUGACACAACGCUCUAA